CUUCAGGUUAGAGGACUGAAGACAAAUCCUCCUGUGCAGGCAACAGUGUCACGUGAUCUCCUUACUAUAAGGCGUGUCCAUGAAUGAGCUUUGAUUCAUAGUUUAGUAUGUAGCUGCCAAGUCAGGGAGAGGAAGUCUUUCUGGGAUAUAAUCUUUCUUUUCUGUCAGAACAAUGUGGUGUUGGUAUUACCUGGCAGACUGUGGAAACUGGCACCAGUUUGAGGAUGACUUCGAUCUCCCCGUUAACAGCAAGGAUGUGGAAAGAUUAUACCUCCAAAACCCCAAGGGUGUUUUAAAUGCCAUUUUUUCCAGUUACAGGAGCAGGAUUGAUUUCUCUGCAAUGUCAGAGACAGACCUGACCACUGGGAGGCAAAGAAGAAUCCACCGGAGCAGCAAAAUUGAAAAAAGCUGUUCCUGUUUCAGCACUGCCCCUGUUUUUUGGGAACAGUUUGAUCCUGCAUGUCCAUAUCAGUGGAUCCCUCUGAGUGAACCCAGCCCUGAAUAUCAGACGGUGGCAAAUUAUGUGAAGACUGAUGGACUGUUGGACAGAUCCAUUGUGUCAAUCAACAGGAUACAGAAUUUGGAUCUCUGGGAACUAUAUUGUAGGAAAAAGAAACAUUUAAUGAGGAUUCAAGGCAUCAAAGAAAUCCAAGAGAGAAGACUCUUUCAUGGGACUAAAAUCAAAAAUGUUCGUUCCAUUUGCAAGUAUAACUUUGAUGUACGGUUAGCUGGACAAAAUGGCCACUCAUUUGGCAAAGGAAUUUAUUUUGCCAAACAUGCAACAUAUGCAGACAAAUACAGUGACAGCAGCACAGAUCUGCUAGGGAUGCAUGGCGGGACAACACAGCACUCUGGACAAACGAAAAUUAUAAUUUUGGCUCGUGUGAUGGUCGGAAAAUCAAUCCUUGGACAAUCUCUUUUCCUAAAGCCCGAUCAUGGGAGGCUUGAAAACGUGCACGACAGCUGUGUUGACGAUAUCUCUCAUCCUAAUAUUUUUGUCAUUUUUGAUCCCAAUCAAAUCUACCCAGAGUAUUUGAUUGAGUACAGAUAAGCUUAGCAUGUGCAAUAUCAACACGACUACCUCAAACAAUGUGUCUCACUGCAUUUCCGAGGUAACUCUCAAAGGCUUCCAAGAUGUUUUUUCCAGCAUUUUGACUACAUUUUUAAACUUUUCAAAAAUAAAUGUGCAUUUCACUUUAAAUGGAGAAAAUUACAUUGUUUUUAUAUCAGAAGCAAAAACUCAGAAUAUCUUUUUUUGUGUGGACAACAAGAAAGUUGUGUUUAGAUUUAGUUAUUUUUGGACGUUAUAGAUAAAGAAGAGUUUACUUACCAGGUGAUACUGGUUUGCACUAGUUAUUUAAAGAUAAUAUUACAAUAAGAGAGUAUUUGGAGAUAAUAUUUAUUAUCAUAUA